GCCCCAGGAGCCGCCUGCGGUUUCCUAGUGGAUUCCAGCUUCUCCCGGGAGUGGAGAGCGCACACAGGGUUAAGUUAGUUCCCUCCCUGGUAGGAGGGAGAGGAGGGGGAGGGGAAAGAGAGGCGUACAGUCUGAGGCUGGGUACCUUGUAGUUAGUUGUAUGUUGGGAACCUGUCGCCUUCACUUGCGCGUUCGGUAUCAUCCAUUGUCACCGCGGAGGACGGAGCGCUUGGAGAUAACAGCCGUGCCCGCAAUCUCCAUCUCCGCGCCAAGGCACCGAUUUGUCCCUGCUCAGGGUGCACUGUUGUGCCCGCACCAAGUGUCCAGCAGCGACAAGGUGGCAUCUCCGUCUGGUCCACCGAGACCCAGGACCAGGGCAGCAGUUCUCAACGAUGGGCAGGAGGGACCUUGGCGGCGACCCCUAAAACAAUACCAUGCCCCCGGAGCCCCACUGCUGCCGAGCCAGCUUCUUCCCUUUCCACCUCCCCGAUCCUGUGGGAUUCGGAUGAGCCCAUUGCGAGGAGACUCGGCCGCCAGUUGUUUGGAUUUCUCCCAGAGUAUUUGUGGCUGAAAUUCCUUUUGGACUCUGAGCUGCCUUUUUUCGCAUAAGCUUUGGACUGGAAUCAAUAGAAUGUCAAGAUGCCAGGCACAUUCUGCCUAAUAGCAGCAGAUUGCAGCUUGCGCUUAACCACGAGAUCAGUAGCCUGACCCCCAGCAGAAGACGGGAGUUCUGUCCGCCUGACUUGGGCGAGUGCUGUAAAGGCCGGUAGUUUGCCAUCACCCGCUGCCUAUGUGGAAAAUUUUCCCUAUUGAAUUUUUUUGCACAUGGAGCACAGCAACAAAGAAGGCAGCAUAGGCUGAUGAGAUCAGAGACAUUGGGAAGAUUAUUUCAACAUCGGCCCUCAGGACAUUCUCUCUAGCCAGCGUUCUGGACUUUGGCAGGACCCUGCCCGUUCUGAUUUUCCUGCCUGGUUUUUAUUUUUUCUUUUCCCCGCCACAUUGUGUUUCGUUUCUGUGUUUCAGAAAUGGGCUUACAGACUACAAAGUGGCCCAGCCAUGGGGCUCUUUUCCUGAAAUCUUGGCUUCUGAUUUCCCUGGGGCUCUAUUCACAAGUGUCAAAACUCCUAGCCUGCCCUAGCGUGUGCCGCUGUGACAGGAACUUUGUCUACUGUAAUGAGCGAAGCUUGACCUCAGUGCCUCUUGGGAUCCCGGAGGGCGUAACCGUACUCUACCUCCACAACAACCAAAUUAAUAAUGCUGGAUUUCCUGCAGAGCUGCACAGCAUCCAGUCCGUGCACACGGUCUACCUUUAUGGCAACCAACUGGAUGAAUUCCCCAUGAACCUUCCCAAGAAUGUCCGAGUCCUCCAUCUGCAGGAAAACAACAUUCAGACCAUUUCCCGAGCUGCUCUUGCUCAGCUCCUGAAGCUCGAAGAGUUACACCUGGAUGACAACUCGAUCUCCACAGUCGGGGUGGAGGAUGGGGCCUUCCGGGAAGCUGUAAGUCUCAAAUUGUUAUUUCUGUCCAAGAACCAUCUGAGCAGUGUGCCUGUUGGCCUUCCUGUGGACUUACAGGAACUCAGAGUAGACGAAAACCGCAUUGCUGUCAUAUCAGACAUGGCCUUUCAGAACCUCACGAGCUUGGAGCGUCUGAUUGUGGAUGGGAACCUCCUGACCAACAAGGGCAUUGCUGAAGGAACCUUCAGCCAUCUCACCAAGCUCAAGGAAUUCUCAAUAGUGCGCAACUCGCUCUCCCACCCACCUCCUGAUCUUCCAGGUACGCAUUUGAUCCGGCUCUAUUUGCAGGACAACCAGAUAAACCACAUCCCUUUGACAGCCUUCUCCAAUCUCCGUAAGCUGGAGCGGCUGGAUAUAUCCAACAACCAGCUGCGAAUGUUGACCCAAGGUGUCUUUGAUAAUCUCUCCAACCUGAAGCAGCUCACUGCUCGGAAUAACCCAUGGUUUUGUGACUGCAGUAUUAAAUGGGUCACGGAAUGGCUCAAGUACAUCCCUUCGUCUCUCAACGUGCGGGGAUUCAUGUGCCAAGGUCCUGAACAAGUCAGGGGGAUGGCUGUCAGGGAGUUGAAUAUGAAUCUUUUGUCAUGUCCCACCACCACCCCAGGCCUGCCUAUCUUCACCCCAGCCCCCAGUACAGUUUCCCCCGUGACUCAAUCUCCUACACUCUCUGUUCCAACCCCGAGCAGAAGCCACACACCUCUAGCUCCUACUGCAACCAAACUUCCCACCAUUCCAGACUGGGAUGGCAGAGAAAGAGUGACUCCACCCAUUUCUGAGCGGAUCCAGCUCUCCAUCCACUUUGUGAAUGACACUUCCAUUCAAGUCAGCUGGCUCUCUCUCUUUACUGUGAUGGCGUACAAACUCACCUGGGUAAAAAUGGGCCACAGUCUGGUGGGGGGCAUUGUUCAGGAGCGCAUUGUCAGUGGUGAGAAGCAGCACCUGAGCCUGGUUAAUUUAGAGCCCAAAUCCACCUAUCGGAUUUGUUUAGUGCCACUGGAUGCUUUUAACUACCGUGCCAUGGAAGACACCAUCUGUUCGGAAGCCACCACCCAUGCCUCCUAUUUGAACAAUGGCAGCAACACUGCUUCUAGCCAUGAGCAGACCACAUCCCACAGCAUGGGCUCCCCUUUUCUGCUGGCGGGCUUGAUUGGAGGCGCGGUAAUAUUUGUGCUCGUGGUCUUGCUUAGCAUCUUUUGCUGGCACAUGCACAAAAAGGGGCGUUACACCUCCCAGAAGUGGAAAUACAACCGGGGCCGGCGGAAAGACGACUAUUGUGAGGCAGGUACCAAGAAAGACAACUCCAUCCUGGAGAUGACAGAAACAAGUUUUCAGAUUGUCUCCUUAAAUAAUGAUCAGCUCCUUAAAGGAGAUUUCAGACUGCAGCCCAUUUACACCCCAAAUGGGGGCAUUAAUUACACAGACUGUCAUAUCCCCAACAACAUGCGAUACUGCAACAGCAGCGUGCCAGACCUGGAGCACUGCCAUACGUAACAGCCAAAUGCCUGGUGACAGCAAGGCGGACAACCAAACUCUUGGGAACACACAUGUGUGUGCACAUAAAGACACGCAAAUUACAUUUGAUAAAUGUUACACAAAUGCAUUUGUGCAUUUGAAUACUCUGUAAUUUAUACGGUGUACUAUAUAAUGGGAUUUAAAAAAGUGCUAUCUUUUCUAUUUCAAGUUAAUUACAAACAGUUUUGUAACUCUUUGCUUUUUAAAUCUUAAAAAAAAUAGUUGCUGAAGUACUGUACAGGGUUGUACAAUGAGAACCCAACGCCAAGGCAAAAGAACGAAUGAUUCUUCCUUAUGAUGCACAUUAACCACUUUGCUGUUGGCGCUGUCAGAAUGAAUUUCUUUCUUAGAGCUGAGGAUCAGGUGAAAGGGCAGAUUCAGAUGGACUCCUUAGGGUAAGAAGAAUAAUAUGAGUAAAGCAAGAAAUGGCCCAGAUAUUUUCAUGCUAUUUCUAUACCUCCUGGUCUGCAAGAAAAGUAAAAAGAAAAAAAAAAUCACCUAAUAAAAGAAGGAAGGUAGUUACCCUGAUUUGAUCCAGAGCAGGAAAUGCAGAGAACAUGAAGAGAUGAGUUCCCAUGAGAUAAGUUAACCCACCUGACAGUUUCAAAAUAAUCGAAAGGAGGUUGGCAAAGAUCCUAAAACCGAGGGGUUGGCUUUCUGAUUGGAAUUUAAAAACCACUCUUGAUGCUUCUCUGGUCCUAGGUGAUAACAGAGCAAGAGACCUGAGUAUGGUUUCAGUCAUGUUCAGGGACAUGUAUGAUCAGUCCUAGCAAGAAAACUCCCUUAAUGCGUGUCACUAUUUAAAUCAUAUGUCAGGUUGAAUCACAUUCAACAGAGAUAUAUUCUAGAAUACUUUUUUAGAAGAAGAUAAUAAAAUAAUUGGAAGAAUUAUAUUGAAUGGAAUUAUUUUUGAUAACAAGAAUUAUUUGGGUAGUUUCACUGAGGCUAUAUCAACAUGAUAUUCAGACCAACAAAAGAAAUAGUGUUUGGAAUAUAUUAAAAUGACUUGUUACUUAAAAAAUUACUGCUAGACAAAAAGAUUGAUGAGUGAUUCUAUUAUACUAUAUCAACCAACUUCAUUACUGUCAUGUUGAAAUAGCUUGAAUUAAUACCUGUACCCCUUCCCAAAUUCUUGUCUUCCAAUCAUCUUGCAUAUAUUUUUGUAAUUAAGUUGUUUGUGCCACCUUUGUUUUUUUCCUCCUCUGCUCAAUAUUUCAAAAAAAAUAUGGAUAUCAGUUUGGGUUGCACAACAUAUUCAAAUGUAGUCUUACAUUUUAAGAUGCAUACUAAUUUUCACUGCUGAUAAAGACACAUCAGAGAUAAGAGAAUGCAUAUUUUUGAAAGCAAUACCAGGUUUUCACCUUGGAUUGACUUUGAUUCUCUUCCACGAUGGAACCCAUUUGUUCUUUUUCAAUCAUGGAUGUUCCUCUGAUUUGGGUUUAAUUAACCUUAUAUUGGCAGGACCACUGAUACAAAAUGAGCGAGUCAGAGAAUUAAGGCUUUCCCUAAUUUUGCUGAGCUAAUGGGCUAAAUGCAGAAGGCACAGGAAAAAGUGUGAUGUUUUUGCUUAUUACUAGGUAGUUUUGAAGUACAUCCAUCUUUAAAAAAUAGAAAUGAUCUACUUUAAUCCUUGGCAUCCCUUAGAUAUAGAAGGGCUAUAGAUCACAUCCAUCACUUAAAAAAAAUACAGCCUUGGAAAACUCAUUUCAAAAUUACAUUGAGAAAUUUCACUCUGUGUUUCAUAUUUUAUUUACAACUGAUCAUUAUUCUAGGGACUCAUGAAAUGUGUGUCACCAUCAUCUUGCUUUCUCUCUUUCACAGCAAAAUAAAACUGUGAUAUGUCUCCUUUGUAAAGGUUUAGGUAUAAAAUGCUAUGCAAGUUUUUCUUUAUAGUAAGAGCUUUAUUUUCUUUAAUAAUAUACCCAAAUUUAUAUGUUUUAAUCUCCUUCAUCCCUCAGAGUAAGCAGAAAAUAUAACUGAAGCUAUAAAGUUGUAGACGCAAGAUCUGAAACUGCAGUCAGUAGAGCUGAACUUAGCGAUGGAUUAAUCUAAAUUAAUUCUAAAGUGACUCUGGUUUCCAUUUUAGGCUAUUAGCUAGAGGGUUUUGGCUGUUGUUUUAAAGAUAGGUCCACACAGUAAAGGAAUAAGACAAUCUGUAAGGAUGAUCGGUAAGUCAUCAGAAAUCAGGACAAUGACAUGGGGCUUUGUGUAUGUAGCUGAAGAGUUCCCUUCCACUGUCCUCUUCCCCUUGGCUGUGUAGAUAAAACUGUGUUCAAAUGUGGUACUUUUACUUUUUUGACAAUUUUAAUUUCUGUUAGCCACAGAAUAAUCAUUUUCAUGUAUUUGUAUUGUAUGUUUAACUUCUGGUGGAAUCUUCAACUGUUCAAACUUCUUUGCUUUGGGCCAGGAAAAAAUAAGAAUGGAGAGUUUCCUAUAAUAUUUUGUCAGAUUUGCAGAGUUAUUUGGGCUUUAUGUGGUACUGUGGAGACUCGGUCAUGUGAAAUACUUAAAGUGGCCUGAAAGAGUCUCCCAUUUAGCAGGUGUUCCUCAAAAGAUGGAACCAAAUCACAGCCUUUAUUCUGAUCUUGUGUGCAACAUGGCCAAGAUUGCUACAAUUAAAAUCAGAGCUCUGUUUGUAAUAACCUACCUGAGGCUCUCACCUACACCUGGAUAGAGAGCACGUCACGGAAAGCUCUGAUCUCUAAUGCAUCUCAUGAAGAUUGCUGAACAGCCCUUCCUCAUGGAUGUUACCUUGGCAUUUAAGUCAUAAGAAUGUGUUUCACAGCUACAUAUGCUUUGUAUUUGGGCCUCUGUUGCUAUCAUUAUUAUGUGUUUUGAUGUGAUUAGUCAAGGGUCAAGGUUGACAUUGCAGGCCAAGGUCCUAAGACAAAGCUGGCUUACAAAGAAGUUGUUACUAUCUGACCAGCUGAGAUAUUCUUGACUCUUGUCACACUGUACAGAUGAAAUUCCAAAAGCAAAAGGCAUACCUAUGGUCACACAGUUUUAAUAGAUAGCUACUCAUACCCAAGAUAAUCACUGAUGCUCUGUUGUCGGGGGAGAUGUGUAAUCAUGGCGACAUCAGAGGCAGUGCCACCAUGCUGCCUGGGAAAAUGACAGGCCACAUAGAGCAGUGUUCCUCGAACUAUGUUCUGUGUUUACAAAGUGGGAAACAGUCUCCCUUGUGAGAAAUAAUGCCAUCUCUUAAUUAUCCAGAUGUUUAUUGAAACUAUAUUAGACAUUUCCCCCUGAGAUUAUAAACAGAAAGUGUGAUAUGAGCAGUCUGAGAAAAAGUCAUAAUGAAGUAGCUGAUAUUACAUUUCCGUGUCCUACUCAUGUGGACCGUAAUGGUCUUAGUCAUUUCGUGUAAAUCAGAACUUCCUUCUCCGCUGGGGAAGACAAGCCCCUCAGGUUGGGAGCAAAGUUUCCCAUCAAAACAUAAGGCACAUUUGUCCUCUGCAGGGAGCAGGUGUUGCAUUGACCAGCAGACCUCAGCUGCAGCAUCUGGAACAGCUUUGACAGUGAAGCGGUUAAUUAUCUUUGCUGUUUUUGUUUAUAGCAUUUUUGUCUAACCAAUAGCCAGAAGACAUUACAUUUUACUUUACAACAUGAGAAUAACACAUUUGCUUGUCCCUUUCUUUGCCAGCGUGGAAAAGCAAAGCUUAAAAGCAUGUCCGAUUGAGAAAAAUCAUAUGCAAAACACAAUUCCCAGUUCUUGAUCUUUGUGAAUCUUGCCUGGUACUCUUCUUCAUGUUAAAAUACUAAUGAUAGGAAACCCUAGAUUGUAUCCUUCUCCAGUAUCUUCAGCAAGACUGAAUGACAGUUGCUGGCAAUGAGAGAAGCUUUUCACUGAUGGGGGAAGUUUUGUAUGUAUAUGAUGCUGUUGUUAAGACAGAUCCGAUUCUUUUCCUGUAGUUUUUGUUUUCAUAGCUGCACACCCACUAGAAGAGCACAAAGCAAGGCCAUUGCAAUAAGCAUUUUAAUUAGUAUAAAACACCCACAUGUGUGCACACAAAUAUACAUGAGGGCAUAUUCAAAAGUGUCCAGGGAUGUAAGAUUUGUUAGCAAUUAAAACAAGGUGAGGCAUCCCCAGUGUGUAUCGCCCACGGGACUGAUAUUAUAUUCACUGAGAGUUAAUCCUGAUGAUUUGUUAUUGUUUGAACUACAUGUUGAUUUGCUUCUGGUUUGUGUUUAGUGUGUUCUCUCUGACAAGGGACUGUGAGGGGCUGGAAGAUUCUGAUCACACAUCCUCUGAGACCUACCAUGUCGCACACUUUGUUAACUGCAAACUUCACUCUACACUAUACAGUACCUUGUUGAUAUAUUGAGUAAAGGCUUAUUUUAAAAGAAAACCA